UUCAGGCAAGACGGUCUUUUCAUUUUGAAUAUUCUUAUCUUGCUUGUUCAUUUAUCUUCGUGAUAAGGAUAUAAAAAAGGACGAGUAUAAAAUAAAAGAUAAAAAUAAUCACUCGAGUUUUAUUACAAUUUAUUUACCCAUAUAAAAUAAAAAAUCCACAAAUAGAAUUUCAUCUCUUGUAUAUUACUUUUAUUCGCGCGCGUAGAUCGCGAGUGAAUUAUCUCAAAGAGUAAGAAGGAAAGUAAAUCUGUAGUCUGAUGCGCCAUACCGUAACCUUCGACCUUUCCUACGGCGAUCCGUGGAAUUCGUGGAGAUUCGAGUGCCGUGCAAGUGCGUCGUCGUAACGAUGACGAUGACGCGAACGGACGCGCGUUUCCGCGUGUAGCCGAGCGGCACGCCGUUCAUAACACAGAGAACAAAAAAAGAAAACAAACUAAAAAACAAAAACAAAAUCUUUAUUCUCCGUCAUUGAAAUUUACCCUUGGAACUCAUUUUUUAAAUCGAUUAUCUAACGACAAACUGUCAUAAGCUGACAAUUAAUAAGUUUGUAAAAUUGAAGAAAAAGAGAACGUUGAAAAAAAAUUUAUUACAUACAAACAUACUCUUUGAAAGAGAAAAUAAUAAAAAAAAUAAGAAAAAUAUAAAAACAGAAGAAAAUGGAGGACGAACUGAGAUGUCCUUGUUGCAAAGAACUAUUCACGGAGCCUGUUUUGUUGCCCUGCUGGCACGCUUUGUGUCUCUCGUGUGCUGUUAAUCUUCAAGCACCACCCGAUUCACCACCCGAAUCUACGACAGACUCCUCAAAUGCUCCCUGUUCUGAUCAAGAAGCCGACAAAUUGUCGAUACUUUCGGAAACAGACUCGGGCGUCGUCUGCGGUAGUACAUCGACUAGUUCACGACCUGGAAGUUACGUUGGUACACCCGGGAACGGUGGUUUCCCACCAUCCGGAGGAACCCUUUGUCUAUCUUGUCCUGUAUGUCGCAAAACCGUAUAUUUCGACGAGGGUGGUGCUCAUAAUUUGCCAAAGUAUAGGGCUAUGCAACGUAUUGUUGAAAAGUAUCAAGAAUCUAAGAAUGCAAGAAUGCAAUGCCAGAUGUGCGAAGGUGAACCUCGUGAAGCUACCGUCGCUUGCGAGCAAUGCGAGGUGCUGUACUGCGAUGCCUGCAGAGAAUCUUGUCAUCCAAAACGUGGUCCCUUGGCAACUCACAAUCUUGGACCACCGCGAGGCAGCUGGCAAUCUAGCAGUGGUAAAGGUUCUCGUGCAUCUGAAGGUACGCCAGUUUGUAACGAUCAUAACGGCGAAGCUGUUUCUCUCUAUUGUGCACUCUGCAAGAUCGCGAUUUGCGGACUUUGCCUUCGAGAUCGACACGCUGCUCAUCCACACGAUGUUCUGCCAUUGGCAGCCGCGUGCAAGGCUCAAAAGACGGAAUUAUCGCAGAAUUUACAGCAGUUAUCGGAGCGUGCUCGUUCCACGACGGAAUUCAUUCAGAGGCUCAAAGGAAUGACGGACAAAGUACACGAAGAAUGCGUAGCACUGGAAGAAGAAGUAGAAGAUCGUGUUGCAAGUUUGGUGAGCCUUCUCCAAGCAAGAAAAUCACGACUGAUCGAAGCUGCGCGACAAACCCGUGAAGCUAGGGUUCGUUCAUUGAGGGAUCAGGUCACAAGAUGUGCGACUCACCUUCAAGCAACGACAGCACUUCUCACAUUUUGCAUAGAGGCUUUGAAGGAGACAGACAGCGCAGCUUUUCUCCAGAUAGGUGGAAUGUUAUCCGUUAGGGCUGCCAAUGCUGCAGGCUCUUGGGGUGGUGCUGAGGGUGUCCAAGAGAUCGCUCGUCUUCCUCUUCUUGAUCUCACUUUAGACGAUAAACCUUUGAGGCGAGCUAUCGAUCAACUCACCUUCGUUCAACUUAAACCUUCCGAAGGAGAAGAACGAUAUCCUACGACAGCACCUGGAGCACCAUUACUGAUUCCGGAAGAAUGCAGUGCCGAGAAUAACAGCGUUACUGUUGCUUGGCAGCCACCUCCUGGACAUGGGGUCAUGGGUUGUGCUGGUCAAAGAGGUCCAGCCAUCGAAGGUUACCUUCUCGAACUUGACGAUGGCUGUGGAGGAGAGUUUAGGGAGGUGUAUUGCGGACGAGAGACCAUCUGUACCGUCGACGGGCUACACUUCAACUCGCUGUACAACGCCAGGGUUAGGGCAUUCAACAGUGCCGGAGAGGGCGAAUACUCUGAGCUGAUCGGCCUUCAGACCGCGGAGGUUGCGUGGUUCUCGUGGGCUACUGGUGCUACUGGGAUACCGCAGGAAGUUUCGAUUUCCGAGGACGCAAUGAGUGCUUCCUGCGAAGGUUACGAACAUCGUGUGGUCCUCUCUAGCGUUGGAUUUUCUAGAGGCAUACAUUACUGGGAGUUGACCAUCGAUCGAUAUCACAGUGAUACCGAUCCUGCUUUUGGCAUCGCUAGAGCUGACGUCGUACGUGAUCAAAUGCUCGGAAAAGACGACAAGGGCUGGAGCAUGUACAUAGACCGACAACGAUCCUGGUUCAUGCAUGGUGGUGGUCACGCUCAGAGAACGGAGGGUGGUGUACAACAAGGCUCGACCGUAGGUGUUCUCUUGGACCUGGAGACUACACACACAUUACGUUUCUUUGUGAACGAUCAAGCCCAGGGCGGUGUGGCUUUCCGUGAUCUCUAUGGUGUCUUCUAUCCAGCUGUCAGUCUCAAUCGUGGGGUCACAGUCACUUUACAUACUGCAUUGGACGUACCUCGACACUUGCUUGCAUCUCACGACGAUUACCUUGGCGACAUGGUUCAGAGAUAGGGGUACCUAAACGUCCUGAAGAAAAGCUUGUUCCAAGAAAUGGCUUCGACCGUUUCUUACAGCACCUUCGAGCGUGGCUCCAAGGAUUCGGAGGGUUCUGCACAGGUCCAAAUGCUCGAGAGUAUCAUCGAAGAAAGCUUUUGCGAGGCUAACUGUGGCUGAUAAACCGACAGAAUUCCUCAGAGGGUUCAACUUCACUCGCAAUGUCAUUUCUCUCAAAGUAGAGAAAUCGAUUUUUACGAAAAACUUUUUCGAUGUGUUCUUACUAGAUCGAUGUUCUCUCAUCUUUUCUCCCACCCUUUUUCUUCUUCUAUCUUUUCUUCCUUCAUUUUUUAUACCGAGUACGUGCGCUAGAUUUUCUUUCGAUGAAUCAAAUAUGGUAAGAGGGAGAAAGAAAAGAAAAGAAAAAUAAAGCGCCGAACUUUUAUCUUCUGGACCUGGGAGUACAGGCGAAAUAACGGUAUUGUUUCUUUUUUUUUGAGUUUUUUCUUUUUUUUUUUUGUUCGAGAUUCUCGAAUAUACGAGUUGAUUCGUCGUUUCGAAUUUAUUAAUCGCGAAACGUUCGACGAUUUUUUUUUCAUCCGGGUCCUAACCUUAUCCAUAUCGAGGCGAUUUAUAAAUGUAAUGGUAUGUGUAGACGUUUAAGCUCCAUAAAAAUAUAUGAUAGAACGUACUUCGAAAGAAAAGAGAAAGAGGAAUAGCAAAAGCUUUCUCAGCUUACGAAUAGAGACACGAGUUAUACGUUUUCUAGUCUCCCUAUAGGAUUCACAUCGUCCCUGCCUCAUCGUUGCAUUAUUGUUGUCAUUUUUAAAGAAACGAUAUAUCGUUCAUUUGUAAAAUUGAUGAAAGAUCUACCAUGAUUCGCUAAGCCAUGGAAUUAUCUGAUAAAGAAACAAGAAAAAAAAAGGUUUCGACUCGACUUCAACCUUUUAUCACUUUAAAGCUACCCUCUCGAUUUCGAAUAAAAAUCAGGAACGAAGAGAAUUACGUUUAGAGUAUAAAACAAUCGAUCGUGCUUUUUUAACUCGUUUUUAAUAAUACGUUGAGUAUCGUAAAUGAUGAUUGUCUAAUUGAUUUUCAGACAUUUUCAAAAAAAAAAAAAAAAG